AUGGCCGACAUCAACGAAGGAUGUCUGCUGGCUGUCUUUCUAAUCCUUCUAGAGGAAGGUCACCAUCACCCCGUCCACCUUCCCCACUCCGCAACGCGUUCUUUCCAGGGAACUCGACAGACGUCGAUCCAGACUCCAAGUCCGACCACGGCUCAGACGACGACGACGAUGUCCAGGAAGACGACCAAGGAAUGUGGCAGCAACGUUCCAGAUCAUCCUCCUCAUCCGUCUCCCAUCUCCCAGCGAACUUCGUCCAAAGAAUGGGCUUCUGCCUACGAAAGACCCGCUCAUGCCUGCUCAGCGCUCAUUCAACAUGAACCCCGUACCUUUUGCCUCCCCACCCUCGCCUACCUCUUCUCGUUCGAGUCUCUCGACUACGCCACCCAACUGGGCUUCUUUUCUCAUGCGUACAACGGAUACGUUGUCUUCCCCCCCCUUCUCGCGAGGCUUGACCUUUGUAUGCCCAGUUCAUAUCUACCAGGCACACUCCUCAUGAUAGCCAAACGCUGCGACAAGCUCGAUAAAUGGACCAUGGGACACGUUAGGGCUUUGGAAGAUCGGAUGAACGAGGUUGAGAGGUGGGGAACUGCUUUGGGAUAUGGCAAAAAUCGCAACGGCACCCUCUCUGCGGAACCCAAAACGCAGUCCGCCGCUGUAUCAAUGUUGGUCGCAACACAAACCACGUCCUCCAUCGUCACGCAUUCACAUCCGACUUCUUCAAUUGCAACGCACUUGACAGGAUCUCCAUCAGCACCCAGCACGCCUAUCUACCAUCUCAGGAAGACUUCGAAGAGGAAAGAGUCGGGCACGAGGUUACCUUCCCCCACGGGAGAUUAUUCUUCUGCGCCAGACACGUUCUCCCCUUUCCGCUAUGAAGGCCUUUGUCUACGGCCAUUUCGGGGUUACCCCUCCAUUUAUCCUCAGGACUGGGUAUACUACCAGGUGCUUCGUACUCUACCACCUCACUUUCCUCGCUGGCUUCCGGUACGGUUCGCUCCUGCCUCUUCUUCUGCCAACCGAACGGCCAGCCCAACACCCGCACCAGCAAAAGGACGAGGAACACAAGGAUUGCCACCCCCGAAAUCGGCUGCUGGUAAACGACAAACGAGUGUAAGCCCCACGCCGAGGAAACGGUAUACCGUUGCGCUUGGAGGGCCGAUAACCGCGCUGCCUGAUGAGGACGAAUUUUCCUCGAAUGCUGCUUCUUUGUUCUAUUCCACCGCCGCCAAUACCAAUGCGAACAUUAAUACCCAUACGGAUCUACCUUCUACUGCUCCUUUAUUGAAAAGGGUAGGCACACCACGGUCCUACUCCCGUGUGAUUGGGGGGUCAUUUUCCGUUUCUCCCGUAGGGGACGAUGACGACGACAAGAAGAAGGAGGAGGAAGGCGCAGGAGAGUUCGGAGAAGGUGAAGAGACCAUCGGCAAAUCUUCCGGCAUCAAGCUCAAGAACGCGAAUGGGAGUUUGGUUUCCACCACUUCAAACUCGAUAUCGCCUGGUGGACCUGGGGGUGGCGAUUACAAGUCCACAGCCACGACCUCCCCAUCGCCGUCCACUCGUCGGAUCAGGGCACAGAGCGCGUAUGAGUACGCCAGCCUCCUCCCUCCACAGGCUCCUACCAUGGGGACCACUGCACUGCUAAAACCGAAGUUGAGGUCCCGCUCUUCUGAGCGGCUUUCCUCUGGUACCAGUUCCAUUGGGACGGGAGACGGAAUGAUAAGCGGUGGUCUUGGAGGAGGGGGGACCAAGUUUGUGGACCCUUUGUUGUUGAGGAGGCACCAGCAAAGUCAGGAGGGGUUACAGGUGAAGAUGCCCAUGCCGAAGCCGGUGGGGAAGGUUCCGAUUGGGUGGUUGGUUGCGUUUUUUGAUGGGGAGAAGGGGGGCAGGACGUAG